AUGGCUGGUCCUGGCGGUGGUCCCCCUCGCAAGAGCCACACCAAGUCCCGCUACGGUUGCAAGACCUGCAAGCGGCGCCAUAUUCGUUGCGACGAGACCUUCCCUCAAUGUCGCAACUGUACCAAACACAACUGCCGUUGUGACUACAUGGAUGUCGCUACCGUGCAUGACGAGUCGACCUCUGUCCGGAAAGUCCCCGACCUUCUCAUGUCCGCAGAGAUCGAGGUGGAGAUCAAGAACUGGCAUCUCACCGGGUUACCACCGUUUCCUGAACUCAUGCACUUCCCGCGCAACUGCUGGAGCAAACUAUCACGAACCGACCUCCGUCUCAUCCACCACAUAAUCGGACUUUCCAUCGAUCUUCACCGUCGAGGGCUCAGUAGUUGCACUAUCUGGGCCCAGAAGAUGCCACUCUUCCUGUCGAUUGCCAUCUCCAACGACUUUGUGAUGAACUCGAUCUUAACGCUCUCUGCAGGGCAUCUUGCCUGGAUUACCCGGAACCAGGAAACCAAACAGCUUGCAUUCCAUCACCGAGGCACCGCUAUCCAAGGACUUCAAAACGCAAUUGGCACCUUCUCAAGGGAUAACUCCGAUGGCAUCCUUGCUGCCUCAAUCUUGCUGUCGUGGCAAGACAGUGAGUGGCCCAGCUGGGCCUCGUUGCAGCAAGGGGUAACAACCGUCCUCGACUCGAUGCCUCAAAUGUGGAAACAGGAAUCCGAGCUUGCUAUGUUCCUGGAGAACCAACGAUACCUAGCAGGCAACGGCUUCCAAUUCCAGGACGAGGAUCUCGCUAGUCUCGAACACACCAUUAUCACGCUUCAAACCGUCCAGAAGCGGGUUGCGCACAACCACGAGCACUACCGUCGACUAGGAGAAUUACUCGACUUUGUGCGCCAGUUCCAGCGUGAUGUCCCCUUAAAUCCCGAGCAGGCCUUCGAACGCAUCCAGCCCUUGCGACAAUGGCUGUUUUGGCUUCCACCGGCAAUGCUGCGAGGCGGCGAUGGAGACAUCGGCGCUUUGGCUAUCCUGGCCCAGUUCUUUGGCGUCAGUGUGGCUCUUGAUAGCCUGUUCCCCGACCUAGGAGGCGCCUAUUUGGGACCGAUGUCCGUGGGACCCAUUGAGGAAAUCUACCGCACCAUCUAUGCCCGAAAUGCGACGGCUCCAUACAAUCCUGAUGUGCACCUCGCCAUGUCCAUCAUGGAUCUCCCUCGACAUCUUGCCGCCAGAUACCGAGCUCGUCUACAGUGGUCCCCACGGGCCUCUGUUGAGUACUACUCCCCGCCGCCGACAAGUCCGUUUCAACCCAUGCAAGACUUCCGUCUAGCAGGAUCGUCCUCUCCUUCUUCCGUCUCCGCUUCUUACACACCAUAUACCCCACCACUCCAGUCUCCCCCGGCGGUGACGAUUGCGAGCUCGCCAUUUGAAGUUUCCACGUCGUAUGUGACGGCGCCAGGCUCCGCGAGCCUCUACCCCUCUCCUCAACUACUCUCGGAUACCCGCGAGGCUCCCUCCGAUUCAGCCUAUCCACCAGCAUACAUAGAAGAUAUGGUGUGCGCACCCGCCUCUCGGGUGGAUGGAGGCCUAGGAUUGACUUCUUUGGAACUCUACGAAGAUCAUCAUUCUGUUGGCGAUUACGGCACUCCCGAGUCUGUCUGGCCCGGAAGUGUUUGCGCGUGA